CACAAAGCUCCAGAAUUGUUGCGACACCGAGUCCCUGCACAUCAGCUACUGCGGCUCGCACGUCUCCCGGUAAUCACUUCAAUGGGCUGGCUUCCCUCAAUAUUCGGCGGCGAGAAGCCUGCCGACCCUCUGGGCAAGCUCGACCCAAAGCUCCGCGAAUUCCUCGAGCGAGAAUCUCCCGUCAAGUACACACCAAACGAACCUACUGCCACCACGCCGCCUUCGACCAGCCCCCCUCAGACCCAGCAACAUGACAAGAAACCGAUAGCGACGCCAGAGGUUAAGAAGCCUGCAGUCCCAUCAGCCAGCCUCUACCAGGAUGGCCGCUACGCGCAUCUUUGGAAGAACUACCGUCCGCUGGCGCAAGUCGAGUCGGACUCGGCGACCGAUCACGACAAGCUCAUGGGGGUCCUGGAGGAUUUCAAGGAGCGCAAGGCAGCGAUUGGGCGCGCCGCGCUCGAAAAUUGCGCGAUGCAGCAGGAGGAAUGGGUGAACUGCAUGAGGAGCGGCAGCUGGGAAGACCAGCUCCAGAUGUGCCGGCACCAAGUGCGCCGAUUUGAAAGGUGCUACACGAUGCAAUCGAAAUUCCUGAGAGCGCUCGGAUACGGCUCCGUCCUGGGACGACCAGCACAGGUCGAUGAGGACAUCCAGAUGCACGCAGACACGCUAUUUCAGCGAAUGCUCGAGCACUGGGCAGCCUUCCAGCAGGCGCAGGAGGACGGCAGGACCAUACCCGUUUUCGACCCAAAGCUGCCCUCCAGCGCGAGCCCGGCGCCGACGGCGACCCCGACGCCGGAGAUGGAGAAGCAGUGGAGGGAGAAGCUCGACAAGCUGCUCGAGGACGAGCGCGCGGUGGAAGAGGCUGCGCUGCGGGCCGACCUACAGGCCAGGGCGGACGUGGCGCAGAGCGUCAAGAAGAUAUGGGACACGCAAAAAGAGGAAAGGGAAUCAAGAAAGGCGGAGGGGCAGGCGACUUUCAUGGACACAGUCGCCUCGCUCUUUGGGAGAGGGGGCAAAUGAAGCUUCGGUGCCUAUUUGGUGAUAGCUUUUGGGCAUACCAGGCGGAUUCGUCACUCAGGAGCAUGUAAAUUAUGUAAAUGGCAAUGUGCAACACGAACAAGGCCGCCACUAUGUGCCGACAAGGCACCAUCACACUCGGCGUAAGCUCAGAGCCAUUCAUAUCUUCUUCAACGCGCA